UUGGUGCGCACCGGCUGAACGCAGCGCUGGUACUCGUGUGUGUAACUCAGCUCCGCUCUGUCCCGGGAUGAGACUUCACCAUCAGCUGUGAGACGGACGAGGUCCACCGUGGAGGACACGUCGCACACCUGCGACUUAAAGGAAAUAGAUGGAGGGACCGCUGUCGCCGCACUCGACCGAUUACUUCACCUCCUCUCGUGGUCCAUGGGGGAGCGCGUUUAUAAGCUGAUUUAACCCAGGGGAUGUGAAUACCUCUCCGGGAUUAGAAGGUUAUUGGGUGAACGACAAUGCCCCGUGGCUCGUUCCGGCACUCCUGGCUAUUGUUCGUGCGGCGGCGGACGCAGGGCGCCCGGUCUCCCACGGUUCAUCUCCAGUAGCUGUACAGCCUCUGCUCCUGUGUCGCCCUCCCCGGUGUGGAUAGGAUAAUAUGACUUCCUGGCUCCGCACAUACGGCAGCGUCCCUCUGUGUCUCCUGCUCUGCUGCUUGGUGGUCGCUGACUGCGCAGAAGACUCCGGUGACAGUGUGUGUUGGUCUCCUGGCAUCACUUCUUGUACAGAGUGUCUCAGACGCGGACCACAGUGUGCCUGGUGCUUUAAGGAGGACUUUCUCGAUGGAGCGGGGUCGAGCCAGCGCUGCGACCUGCCGGUGAAGCUGCUCAGGAGAGGCUGCGGACCGGAGUUCAUGGAGCAGUCAGAGAUCAAGGUGGAGGUCAACGCCACCAUCAGCAGCUCACAAGUGUCCCCACGAGACAUCAGCAUCAGCCUCAGACCAGGUUCAGAGGCCAGCGUGGUAGUGGCUGUGAAGCAGCUGAAGCGUUAUCCUGUGGAUCUGUACUACCUGGUUGAUGUGUCUGCGUCUAUGCAGGAAAACCUUGAUCAUUUGAAGACAGUGGGCGUGGCGCUGUCUCUUCGUAUGACCGAGCACUCCUCGGACCUUUGGCUGGGGUUCGGCUCGUUUGUGGACAAACCUGUCUCCCCUUACAUCAAUGUCCAUCCCUCCAAGAUCAACAAUCCCUGCAGCGAUUAUGAGAUCCGCUGUCGUCCAGCCCACGGCUUCCACCACGUCUUGAGUAUGACCGCAAAUAUGAGCGAGUUCACGCGUGUGAUUAAACACCAGCGCAUUUCUGGAAACAUGGACACACCUGAGGGAGGACUGGAUGCUAUGCUGCAAGCUGCUGUCUGCCAGAGAGCGGUGGGUUGGCGACCCGAGGCCAAGCGUCUACUGCUCCUGAUGACCGACCAGCCGUCUCACCUCGCCCUGGACAGCCGGCUGGCAGGGAUUGUGACGCCACACGACGGCCUGUGUCACCUGGAAAACAACGUCUACACAGGGAGCACCAGGAUGGAUCAUCCCAGUGUGGGUCAGUUGUCUGAUAAACUGCUUGAAAACCAUAUGUACUCCAUCUUCGCUGUGGAGAAGCAGCAGUACAAGUGGUACGAGGAGUUGGUUCGUUUGCUACCUGGCUCCUACCUGGGAAAGUUAGGACUCUUCCAGGCUCCAAACCUUAUGGAGCUGGUGGUGGACGCAUACAAGAGGUUGUUGUCGGAGGUGGCCGUAUCAGUGUCAGUGGAGGACAAGGCAGUCAGCAGGUACUGGGUGUCUGUAUCUCCUCUCUGUCCCAAUGGGUCCACUGCUAAGGACCAGAGCUGCUCGGGGGUGCAACCAGACCAGACGGUCUACUUCAAUAUCACCAUCGGCCUGCGCUCUUGUCCUGAUGACGGUGAAGAUGAAGAUAUAAAAGUGUUGAUUCGACCUGUGGGUUACAACGAGUCCACUGUGGUUAGGAUCCACACUAAAUGUCGCUGCAGUUGUGGACCGACGAGGCGCUGCAAUGAUGACAGCCAAUCACCAUGCAGAGGAACACAAGACAGCCUCAAUCAGGAGCAGAGGCCUCAUCACGGACUUAUUAAGAACUCAGAGAGGGAUUCAAACUGGAAUUGCAGAGCGGAUGGAUCUGAUGUGGACUGCAGUGGUCGGGGAGUGUGUGAGUGUGGAAGGUGUUUGUGUGAGCAGACCAGGCUUGGGUCAGUAUAUGGGAAAUACUGCGAGAUAGACGACUUCUCCUGUCCAUAUGAAGGGGGAUUACUGUGCGGAGGACGUGGUGUGUGUGUGUCUGGUGAGUGUGUGUGUGAGGACGACUGGACAGGCAAUAGCUGUGGUUGUCCCAUCUCAACAGCAACCUGCCAAUCAGACAACGGCUUGCUUUGCAGCGGCCGAGGCAGAUGUGUGUGUGGAAAGUGUGUGUGUGACGACCCCCGACACUCUGGGGACUUCUGUGAGAGAUGUCCUGCUUGCCAAAGCACCUGUCAAUCAUACUGGAAGUGUGUGGACUGCCACCUGUCUCAUGGUCUCACGCAAAAAGAGGCAGGACACUGCAACAACACGUGUGCAUCAUUGGUGGGCUACAUGGAUGAUGUAUCAGGCCAAGCAGGGGAAAUGUGGUUUCAGUGUAUGUACAUCAGUAAUGACAGCUGUCGCUAUCGCUUUCAAACAAGCUCACAGUCCGGUCAGACCCUGCUUCACAUAAGCACAAGAGCAGAGUGUGCCAGCAGCAGCCGGCUGGUAAGAACAUUCCUAAGUGUGUGUGCUCUGACGGUGCUGUGUGGGAUGGUGGUGGUGGCCGUGUCCCGGCUGCUGCUACAGAAGAGGGACUUGUCAGCACCAGGGGGCGCUGCUGAGGACGUAGACUAUCACUGCACUGGAAAGGACCUGUCAUACAUCCCAACAACCAAUGAGAAGACAGUUACUUACAGGAGGGAGCGUCCACCUGACCGUCCCGUGGAGAUGCACAUCCAGGUUUCCAAGAUGCCACUUGGUGACCCCUGGCAGUGCUAGGCAAAGGUCAAGGUCCGAAGAAAGUCAGUAGAGAGAAGGACAGUCAACUAAAGGCUUGUUUUCUGUCUCUAAACAUUAUAAAACUUCAACCAGCUGCAUGUGGAGACUCUGAUAAUGAUGACCUAAACUAUGAAACCUCCAUGGAAUCACAUUUGUAUAAUGAACUGACCAAACUCUCAUUGACUGUGUGACUAAUGUGGCCAGUAUCCUGGAAAUGGAGAUAAAACAAAGAACACAUGUCCUCCACCUCUUCUUCUUCUGUAGCAGCAGGAAGGCCACUUCUUCCACAGGGCAAAGGGUAAUCAUUCCUCACUUUUUAUCCAUGCAGCAAAUACUACUCUAAUUUAUGUGUGUGUGAGUGUGUGUGUGUGUGUGUGUGUGUGUGUGUGUGUGUGUGUGUGUGUGUGUGUGUGUGUGUAUGUGUGAGACGGUCUAUUUAUGAUUUCUUUAGUGAGAACACUACAUGUUUUAGGUUUAUGUGAUUGUGUGACACUCCAAUGCUCCAUCUGAACCUUCUCCCUGUGUUAGUCUGCCCCCUUGUGGUCAGCUUGAGGUACGACUUUUUUUUCUCCAAUAAUAAUGUCAACACAUUACUGAAGUCGGCUGUACUGCCUUGGGAUUUACAGUCAUUCUCAAAGCAAACCAAUAACUCUGUAUGCCUUUUCCUAAUUUGAUCAGACUUUCAGUUUGUGGCAUUCCUUGUCUUCCAGUUUCUUUGUUGCAUUUUGUUUUUGUUAACGGCUCGGCUGCAUUGCAAAGUACUGUUACUUUAUGGCAUUUUUCUAUCAUGAUAAGUGAGAAUAUAGUUUCAUGUGUUUUUGAUAAUCUGGUUAGACUUGCACUAGAACAAUUGUUUUGCAUUAUACUACUGAAACCUGUGGGGUCUCUGGGUCAGGAAAGCUGUGAUGGUGGGUUUGAAAUGAUUGGUUUGCUAUAUGUUGGGCAUUACGAGAUAUCUAUCUACACAUUAAAUGUAGUUGAAGCUAAUGUAACAAAUUCACAACACUGGAAUAACAAUGGACUGAAAAAUCAUAUUUAAAAAAGUAAUAUACUGACAAUUAAUGCCUCUGCAUCAACAAACUGUAGCCUCUUUAACAGAUACAGCACCAGAACUGUGUCUGUAUGCAUCUGCUGAUCAUCCCAGAGCUAUUACUGACAAGUUUAGACUGUGAGACAAACUCCUGUGCAGAGGUACAAAUGAACUCUGACGGUACUGAGAUCAGAGGUGGAUUUAAACCCUUAUGCACUAGAUCCUCUGGAUCCAGAGUGCCAGUUGCAUGGCAUCUUGUGAGACUUACGCUUGCCCAAUCCUGUUCCUCUUUGUUUUAAUUUAACACAACAUUGUUUACAGCAAUAGCUCCUCUCUUUUAAUGUAAGUCAGGAACACUAAUUAUUAUUUAUUGUGAUUUAUACUACAUUUUUAUUUAUGUUAAUUGUGCUAUUUUAAGAUAAGGCUACUUGGGUUACAGGUAGUAAGUACUGUUUUGUGUUUAUGAAGAGCGGCCUCUAUCUCUAACCAUAAGAAUAAUUCAACAAUAAGGUUAUAAUCAUCUCAUCUAACCGGGCACUGAGUCCGGCAUAACAACAGCACUUUUUUUGUGUAGUUUUUGCUGUGAAUUAAUGUGACUAGUUGUGUAGCAUGAAUGUUUUCAUCACAAUAAAAUGUGCAAGAUUUUUCUAUUA